AAGGACAUAACUGUAGGAAUAUGAAUCCUAUGGUCAGCUAUUACUCUGAAAACCAUUAUUUCUAAUUGGAGUUUAGCGGGUUUUUUUUAUUCUUUACAUACAUGUACAUUUAUACAUUCAAUUACAUCAAAAUUUAAUCCAAACAUUUUUUAUUUCCUUAAAUGUCAAACUUCCGUUUUCAAGACAGAGUAGUAUAUGAACAUAAUACCAUUUAUUUCCUCAGAUUUUUUAAUUCUUUGAACAUGGAGUCUUUCCUCCCACAAAUAUGUGAGGGAAUGCAACACAUGUCAGAGACUGUGUUUGUGGUACUGUGUCAGAUAGUGGGGACCUCACAACAAGUGACCAUGAGGAGGGAGAUGAUGGACAUCUCGGAGAUGAUCCGUAGACGAAUCACAUAUCACGGUACGAGCACGUAUAUGUUGAGUGGAAGCUAUAGAGAAGGAUUCAGACUGAAGGAAUCAGAUUUUGACUUUAUGUACUGGCCAAACAAACACCGAGUGAUCAUGGACGUGUCUCAGUCUGAGUAUUACAACACAGCCAAUACAGCUUUGAUUCUCUCUGAGAGUUCUGAGAGUCCACCAGGAUUCACUUUACUUCAGUUACUGACACCAUUUGCAAGCAAAAACGCCAAUUCAGCAUGUGUCAGAAUGAAUGAUAGACUCUAUAUAUCUAGUUCUACAUACUUACAGAUAACAAGUUCCUUAAUGUCAUCUUAUUCUACACUACAUGGACCCUGUAUUAGUGGUAACAUAGCAGGAUAUGACUACGACCAUGCUCACUGUUUUGUUUGUGACUUUUGGCCUCCCUUUGCCUCCUCUUGGACACACAGAUGCCACUCAUGGCCUGAUCCAGAAGUUGUUGAUGAAAUUGUCAGAAAUGGAUGUCACUUCGUAGCAAUAGGACAUCCAUUAGGACCCCAUGGAAAUGAAGAAUGGAGAAUUUCUUUUUCUCGUGCAGAAUGUAAACUUGUGUCUUCAAUGAACCACUGUCAGUUUUUGACAUAUGGGUUGUUAAAACUUUUCUUAAAAGAGGUUGUAAAUCAACAAUCAGAAGAAACAGAUAAACUGCUGUGCUCUUAUCACAUGAAGACAACAAUUUUCUGGACAAUUCAACAAAACACAUUACCUCAGUGGUGUCCACAAAAUCUCUUGGCUGGUUUCUGGGUCUGCUUUAAGCUACUCUUAAGAUGGGUGCAUGAGGGAAUCUGUCCAAACUUUUUCAUCCCACAAAACAACCUGUUUCUGACAAAGGUUCAUGGCUCAGCACAAAACAGAUUGUUUCUACAGUUACACGAGUUGUACAAGAAAGGUCUGGCCUGUUUGUUAGAGAGUUCCUCUAUUAGGCCCUACAUCAUUGAUGCCUUGUACAAUCCUAGACUUUCGAUUUGUACAAAUGAGAAUAUAAUUAUGUCCGAAGCUGAUUAUGAUGUAGUAUCUGUCAUGGAGUCCUUAAAUGUUGUACAUGCAAUUAGGAAUCUGUGCCAUACUACCAAAACCAUACACAUGAUAGAACAGUUUGUGGAGUCGCCAAUGACACAUUAUCAACUUGUGGUCUUACAGAAAUGUACAUCCUAUGUCCUUCACCGAACCGCUUUUCUAUUACAAAAUAUGUACACUUUCACAGGUGUCAAUAAACAGCUGUAUAUUGUAGACAAAAUAUCCUGUCACAUGCUGAAAUUAACAGCCAAGUUUGGGUAUAUUUCUGAUAUGUUGUACAUUGCCAUGUAUUAUUACAAGAUAUUCAGAUACAGGGAAGCUUUAUCUGUUUUAGAGAUGGCAAAGGUCAAGUUAGCACAGCCAUAUCUGAUGUAUAAGGGAGACGUAGACAGAGAGAGGUAUAAUGAGUCUGUAGGAGGACAGUCCUGGUCUACAAAGAUCAGACAGGCUGUAGCAGAGGAUAUCAGCCUUAAUCGCGAAAUCUGCUAUAUCAGUGAACUAUUACCAGAACAACAGUCUGCUCUAAAGAACAAAAAAUCUGUAGUAACUAUCCCAGUGUUUGUAAUGUUACAUUUCCUAAAGUUUUUGUGUUACAGACACAUUGAUACGACAUCAUCACAAGCAGCUUUAAAUGAAUUACAGGUCCUAGUCCACCAUGAUCAGGGGAUGUAUGUACAUUAUCUACUCAGAGACAUCUCCUGGGAAAUCCUGGGGAUCUGUCAACAGAUGACAGGGAACCUUCAGGCUGCUCUAUACUCUUACCAACAAUCACUCACACAGUAUCCAUUCCACAUGAUACAUACUGCUACACAGAGGUGA